AUGGCCCCGCCCACCAAAGUCUUCCCAGAGACAGUCAAGCCAUACUACUCCGACCCGCAACACCAAGUCUCAGACGCGUCCCCCAUCACCCAGAUGACCCAGUACGACUGCGACCUCUCCAACCGCAAGGUCGUCACCUGCAUCCCCAUUGACCGCUUCUUCAGAGUUGCGCGUGGCGGAGGUAUCGUUGAGAUUGGCGCUUCCGAGGCAGCAGGCCUACGAGCUCAAGGACUCCUUCCUUUGUCCUGA